AGAAAAAGAAACUGUCACAAGUGCUGAGUCACACACACGUAUGACUCAAAAUCACACCUAUUAAAAUACGUAUAUAUUAAGUAACGUUUCUUCCACUUUGCAUUAUACACGAAAAAAAAUUAUUACAAAACUUACAAAUCAAAUAUUUUUCACUCCAAAUUUGGAGAACUCUCCAUUUUUUUGCUGUUUCCCUUUGUGGGUUUUUCUCAUUUUCAGUUCUUGAAUCCUUUAUAAAUCACAUUUUCAACUUUCUUUUUUCUAAUUUUCAUAUAAAGACUCCAUUUUUAUUUGCGGUAAUUUGUGUUUAAUAGAUUCUUGUAGUCCGAUCCUUCGUAAUUCACCAUUUUCUCCUUCUUUUGCUGAUUUUUUUUUUUUUCGUUUUCAGUUCUUGAAGCUUAUAUAAGUUUCAUUUCUAGUGUUUUUUUUUUUUGUUCUUGUUAGUUAUAAAGAUUCCAUUUUUUUGCUCAAAAUUGGAAUUCACCAUUGUUUCACCCUUUUUUUGGUGUUUCCCUUUUUGGGUUUUUCUUAUUUUGAGUUCUUGAAACUUAUAUAAUUUGCAAUUCAAGUGUUUUUAUUUUAUUAUAUAGAUUUACUUGAAUUGAAAAGCAUGGUGGUUCAAGUUGUGGUUGCACGUACUGGUAGACAUUUGCAGAGGUAUAACAAGGGUCGUCGACAAGUUGUAGGAUGUAUACCUUACAGAUAUAAAGAUAAUAUCGACCUAUCCAUGGGGGACGAAGAUGCAUUUGAAGUUCUUCUCAUAAGUCCUCAGAGAAAAGGAAAAGGAUUGUUGUUCCCAAAGGGAGGUUGGGAAAAGGAUGAAACAAUUGAAGUUGCAGCAAGGCGCGAGACAAUUGAAGAAGCUGGUGUUUGUGGUGAUAUUGAGGGAAAACUCGGAACAUGGUACUUCGAGAACAAAAGUGGUGACACUGCGUACGAAGGGCAUAUGUUUCCCUUAUUUGUAAGGGAGGAACUAAAUUUGUGGCCGGAGAAAGACAUCCGCGAAAGAUCUUGGAUGAGCGUGCGAGAAGCAAGAAAGCUCUGCCAACAGGGGUGGAUGAAAGAAGCGUUGGAGUUGUUAGUUAGUCGCCUCACGUCACAAUGUAGGCGGACUAAAAUGGACCUGUUUUCAAGAAUCAACCGUAGCUCAGUUGGCCAUGGAACUAUUUUGCGGUUAGGAUGCAGGGCUCAAGUACUCGCUCCUCCACCACCACCUACUCCGGCAGAAGAGGCCUAGUCUCCUCCAUCAGCCAACGUAAAAGUAGCUUGUAAAUAGGAAACUAGCAUAGCACAUGAUGUGUGGAUUCGGCGCACACUGCAGACAAAAACAUGGUUUACUGUGGGCUGCUGAUCCUUCACUGAGUUUCGGACCAAGCACUUCUAGUCCUCGGGGAUUGUCUCGGUCAUCAAAAGUAGGGUCGAUGAUGGCUGGUGGAGUACGGUUCACUAUAUCCGGAUGUAAGAGUGUCGUAGCAACUGCAGACGGGGUCGUACAACUAGCAUCUAGCAAUCUGUCCAACUCCAGUUUUCAAGAAAAUUAGAAACAGAAAGAUAUCCGUAGAACUCUUCAAGUCUUUUUUUCUUGUUGUUUUGGUUAUCUUAGAAUUGGAGUUGUAUAGAUGGAUGUUGAAUCAGUGUUGUUUAAGUAGGAUGCAGUCUUUUUUAGGAACUUUACUCUUCUACAGGUCUAAGUUAUAGUAACUGCCUGAGGAUAGUGAUGUUACCUUUGUAUGUUAUGAUGGCUGCUCUUUAUUCU